AUGAAUGUAACUCACCAGAAGAAUAUUCUGCACUUAAGCAUGGCAGAAAGGCGGUGCACAGGAACAAGCAUCUUCUACGUGGAUGUACAGAAAGAGGAAAGACUUGAAAUACUCCAGAUUCAACUGAACAUUCUAAAAGUAGAGAUAUUCAGUGAAAAUGCAUGGAAGAGUGUGAAGAUAGAAAGCACUGUGGUUCUUCCUGUCAAAACAGAGAAAGUAAGAAUUCUUUUCGAAACAAAAAAGAACAAUCCUGGGAUCUCCUUCUACACAGGGCCAGACAACAAAUGCACAGAAUUCACUGGAGAGCCAAUCAAUGGGCAGGCGCAGACUCUUUUCCCGCUUCUUUCCACCCGCCCGUGCAGCCUGGAAAUGGUGUACAUCGUAUCGAUUGAGAAGGGAUUUCAGGUGAUUUCUAGCGGCACACUCAGCGGAAUAUACGACGGAGGAACCACAAAAACCUUCCACUACAAGAUGGAUUAUGCACGGCCGCAGGAUGUGCUGUUUGCAGGCGGUAUGUACGAAGAGAUCCAUGCUGCCCGGGCUGCUGUGUUUAUCCCAGAGGCAGUUGCAUCAAGAUUUGAAGCAGGAGGGAAGGAGACUCUUGAGGCCCUUAAGUCUUCAAUAGUGGCUGCACAGCAGGCACUCGAGUGCAAGCUGCCCUUCUACAAAAUAUCUGUUGUCUUCUCAAUGUGCAACGUAACUGGAUCAAUUGGAAGAAACUGCGCAGUGUUUAAUAUAUCCCAGAUAAUUGUGCCAGAGGCAAUUGAUCAGUGCUUUGCAAGUAUCCGGCUGAUCAGCAAGAUCACAGCAAAUCAGUACUUUGGGAUCCUUGCCCACCCCACAUCAGACCUAGACACGUGGAUGUACACGGGCCUUUCCGAGUACGUUUCAAUGUACCUUGCAGAACUGUUCCUAGGAGUAAACGAGGCAAAGUAUGAACUAAACAGGAACAUAGACUACAUUCAUAAGCACGACAUUGAGGAGCCGCCGCUGUCUUCUCCCUCCAGGCACAGAAGUACAUUCCACUCUCCUUUCUUUGUUAAAAAAGCGGGGGCGUUUGUAAAAAUCCUUGAGAAUAACUUGACGCGUGCUUUUAUGCAGAAAAUCAUGAAAGAGGUCUUGGAAGCACGCACAAUGAACACGCAGGAUCUGAUAAGAGUGAUCAAAGGGAUCACAGGCAAGGAUGUGCGCGCACUCUUUGAUGCGUACGUGUACAGAACGGGAAUACCCACGGUUACAGCACAGGUAGAGCAGAAUAGCCGGGCAGGUGGAUUUUCUUUGGUUCUCAGACAGAAAAUCCAUUCUGUCCACCCGGAUGCGAAUAGGCACAUGGCAGGAAAUAUAUGUGUGCGCGUAUAUGAAACGGACUCAGUGCUUGACCACAUUCUCUUCCUGGGAAGUGCGCCCAUAACGCACGAGCUUGUGUGCUCGCAAAGAAACCACAGAAGGAAGCAGAAGGAGGAAAACGUGUCUCUUCUGUGGGUGCGAAUUGACCCAGGAAUUGAGUGGAUGAAGGUGGCGGCUGUUGAGCAGGCUGACUACAUGUUUGCAGAGCAGCUGGUCAGUGAGAAGGACGUAUACGGCCAAAUGGAGGCCUUGGUGGGCGUGCAAAAGAACCCAAGCGAAACUAUAUGCAGUAUCCUGGAAAGAGUCAUGGGAGACCCAGGCGUAUUCUACAAGGUAAGCAUUGCAGCAGGCAUUCUUUUGGCAAAAAGCGUAAAUGAAGAGUCAGGAUAUUUCGGGUUCCAAAGAGUUGUCCAGUUCUUCAUCAACACGUACUGCAUACAGAACACAACAAUCGUCAGAACAAAUGACUUCUCACAGCACAGAAUGUAUUUUAUGCAGAAGAAUAUUGCGUCUUCAAUGUCCCUCUGCCAGCUGGACUCAACAAAGUCCCUAGGAGGCCGUGCAAUACGCGCAAAGAAUGUGGUCUCUGCUUUUCUUCUGAAUCUGAUGCGGUACAACGACAACACAGGAAAUUCCUUUGAGGAUGCCUUCUACCUGGCAGAUAUUAUAACUGCGCUUGCAGUUGCGCUGUGCUCAGAUGCCCAUCUAGACCCAGCCCCUUUUAUUGUUGAGAUGGAAAGACUCCGGCAGAAAGACCUUCUUUUCCCUAGCCACCAGAACAUUGUCACGUGUGCAGCCAUAAAGGCAUUUGCAAGACUUGGGGUGCAAGGAUAUGUGCAAGUCUCCUUCAAAGGCAUGCUUCAGUACGUAGCCCCAGGUAACUUUUAUAAGGUGCGCAUGGCAGCAUAUGAAUGCCUCAUUCUCUUGCACGCAGAUAAAAUUGGCACAAUCCUAGAACUGUUUGUGAAUGAAGAGAGACCUGUCCGCAUAAAAAUACUGCGCACAAUCAGGGACUCUGCGGUCUGCGCAGCUCUGCCUAUAUUUGGGAAACUUCAGGAGCACCUUCCAUCCCUCCAGCGCAUCCAAGAGAUGUUUGCAGGAGAUGGAGAGGCAGAUGCCUUGUUCGCUGAAAUUGAAGGCCUUCUGGGCGGCCCAACAGAGCUUGUGUCUGAUGCAGUUGAGGAAGCCAUCAUGCACGACAUGAGCAGUGAUGAAGAGGACAGGAAACUGCCCCGCCUGGUGAUAAAACUAUUUAAGCCAGUUGUCAUACGGCUGUCCACCAAGGGCAUGCUAACAGAAAAAAAUACCAGCAGCACACAGCAGGAGACUGAGCAUGAAAAAGAAGAAGAAAUAGAGGAGCAUAUAUCGGAAGGAAUUGACGUAGAUGCACUCUAUGAGAAUGAUGUGCAAGCAGAGACAUACUGCCUGGAUAAGCCGCAGGCAGAGGGUGCAUGCAGAAUGGUCGAGCGUAUUAAGGCAAGCAAGGCCAGCUCACACAUCACACAGAUGGCAAAAAAGAACGAAAUUUCAGAGAAAAUGCACGUGCCCACUUUUGACGAUAUAACUAUUAAGACAAGGCAGGCUUCUGAAGAGGAUGAGAUUACUAAGAGUCCAGCACAGAAUAGUGCACCCAUAGAGAAAGGCAGCCAAAAUAAAUCUCAAAAGAACAGAAAGCAAAGCACAGAUAUUCACAAUGACAUGGCGGGCCCAGAUGCCAUGGAGAUAGAAAUAUCCCAUAAAGAUGAAAAUGCACACCUGAACAAUGAGAUGAAGUGCUUAUUCAAUACGUGCGACGAGUACCCAAUGUAUGAAAUUUAUUCGAAGGCCGCGUAUAUAUUCAGGGAGUACUUUAAGUCUGCGCAGUACGACACGUCUUCAUACAGCACUAUUAAGUACUUCCAGGCGCACUUUGAGAGAGAGUACUUUGCAUUCUUCCAGACAACAAGUGGAUCCUUCCAUAAAGUGGAUGCGCCUUGCAAGGAAAAAGAUGGAAGAGAACACUUGCUCAGCAUAAUUGACCAAGCAAUUCACGCAGAUCGGCAUGGAAUAUUUUCCACGCCCAUUGACACAGAUCUUCUGCGGGAGUAUAAAUACCAGGAAAUAGUGCGCCGGCCGCUCGACCUGCAGACAAUUAGGAGCAGAGUAGAGGAAGGAGACUAUUUUAUGGUGGAGUGUGUGCUAUUUGAUAUUAUCCAGGUUUUCGUAAACUGCCUGACAUAUAAUUUGAAAGAUUCAGAGAUAUACAGAGAAGCACUUUUCGUGCAAAGUGCAGUCCAGAAGAUCGUCAAAAAUGCAACUGUCGGGUACACAGAGACAUGCACACUAAAGGACGCACUCUCCAUGAUUAUUCAGCAGAUUAUUGAGACAGGCGAGUACAGCGUGUUUUACGAUAGAGUGAAUAGAGAGGAAUAUCCGCAGUACUAUGCAGUGGUGAAAGAACCAAUGACCUUGUCUUUGAUCAAAGAACGAGCAGAAAGCAACUAUUAUAAGAAUAUAACGCAUUUUGAAAGUGAGUUCCAAAGGAUCAGCGCAGCCACACUGCUAUACAACGGACAGAUCUCAGAAAUCACUAAGCUAGGGAAGGCACUUACCCAGAAGGUCCAGACCUCAGUGCAGAGAACAUUCCCAUGGUACAGAAGUAUUUUCAACAAGAGAGCCACGCUGCAGCAAAAAACAAAAGCACAAGUUAGCAGCAACAAAAAGGCGAAGAGCCAAAAGUGA